AUGGAAAAGGGAAAUGUCACAUCAGUGACUGAGUUUUUUCUUAUUGGACUUUCUUAUUACCCAUGGCUCCAGCAAGCUCUUUUUGUGCUCUGUCUAGUGAUAUAUGUGGUGAUCCUGUUGGGAAACAGCAUGCUCAUUAUCAUUAGCAUCCUGGAUCCCCGUCUUCACACUCCUAUGUACUUUUUCCUUGGGAACCUCUCCUUUCUGGACAUCUGCUACACAUCAUCCUUUAUCCCUCAAAUGCUGAUAAAUUUUAUGUCUGAGAAAAAAUCUAUCUCCUUCAUUGGAUGUGCCCUGCAAAUGGUUAUUUCUCUCGGACUGGGGUGCACAGAGUGUGUUCUCCUAGCAGUGAUGGCCUAUGACAGGUAUGUAGCCAUCUGCAAUCCCCUAAGAUACACCAUCAUCAUGAACAAGGGACUCUGUGUGCAGAUGGCUGCUUGGACCUGGAUCAUAGGGUGUCUGAAUUCUUUGCCCCAAACUGUGCUUGCUAUGAUGAUGCCUUUCUGUGGGAACAUAAUUGAUCACCUUACCUGUGAAAUCCUAGCCCUCCUUAAGCUUAUCUGUGCAGACAUCUCCCUCAAUUUAUUUAUAAUUAUGGUGGGAAGUAUUGUUUUCCUGGUCAUGCCUCUGUUACUCAUUUUACUCUCCUAUAUCUUCAUCCUCUCCACCAUCCUGAGGAUCAACUCUAGUGAAGGGAGGAAGAAAGCUUUUUCUACCUGCUCAGCCCAUCUGACUGUGGUGAUCUUGUUCUAUGGCUCAGCCCUUUUCAUGUACAUGAAGCCCAAGUCCAAAGACACAAAGAUAUCAGAAGAGCUUAUUGGUCUGUCUUAUGGAAUCAUCACUCCAGUGUUGAACCCCAUUAUCUACAGCCUAAGGAAUAAGGAGGUGAAAGGGGCUAUUGAAAAAGUCCUGUUCAGAAACUUAUACUUGAAAAGAAUAUGA